AUGGUAGUAGUGUCCAAAUUAUCAUUGUUAUUAACAAUGAUGAUGAUGGUUACGAUAGUAAAAUCACUUUCACUAAUUAACUAUGGUGAUGCAUUAACAAAAAGCAUCUUAUUUUUUGAAGGUCAAAGGUCUGGCAAAUUGCCACCUUCUCAACGUAUGACAUGGAGAAAAGACUCUGCCCUUCAUGAUGGAUGUGAUAUUCUUAUGAACAUGGUUGGUGGUUACUAUGAUGCUGGUGACAAUGUAAAAUUCAAUUUCCCAAUGGCAUAUACAACCACCAUGCUGGCUUGGAGUGUGGUGGAAUUUGGAGAACUCAUGGGUCCGGAUUUGCAACAUGCAUUGGAAGCAAUUCGUUGGGGAACUGAUUAUUUCCUCAAAGCAACAAAAAGACCAAAUAUUGUUGUAGCACAAGUUGGCGAUCCCAUUAGUGACCAUGAUUGUUGGGAAAGACCAGAAGACAUGGACACUUCUAGGACAACCUAUUAUUUGUCCGCGACAAGACCUGGUUCGGAGGUUUCAGCCGAGAUUGCAGCCGCGCUUGCGGCGUCAUCCAUUGCUUUCAGAAACAUUAAUCGUGGAUAUUCUAGGAUUCUUCUUGCUAGGGCUAAACGGGUAUUUGACUUUGCAAAUUAUCACCGUGGGUCUUACAAUAAUGCCAUAGGUUCUGGAGCAUGCCCCUUCUAUUGUGACAUUAAUGGAUACAUAGACGAGUUGAUUUGGGGUGCAGCAUGGUUGUACAAAGCAAGUAAUAACCAAUAUUACAUGAACUUUGUAAAAUCAAAUAUAGAAUACAUACAAUCCAAUGAAUUUGGAUGGGAUUCCAAGCAUGCUGGCAUUAAUGUGCUUGUUUCUCAUUGGAUGAUGAACGAUGCAUCAAACCAGAGUCCUUUCAUUUCCAAUGCAGACAACCUUAUAUGCUCUUUGUUGCCCAAUUCACCAACCAAAUCAGUCACAUACUCCAAAGGUGGGCUUCUAUUCAAAGCUGGACCAAGUAACCUACAACAUGUAACAGCACUAUCUUUUCUGUUAGUUGUUUAUGGACACUACAUGGAAGCUAACAACAAAAUAGUAAAUUGUGGGAAUGUAGUUGCCAAACCAUGCGAUCUUAUUAAUCUUGCCAAAUCACAGGUGGAUUAUGUACUAGGGAACAAUCCACUUGAAAUGUCAUACAUGGUUGGGUAUGGACAAAAAUACCCUCAGAAGAUACAUCAUCGUGGUUCAACUUUACCAUCAUUGGAUGUACACCCAAAACAUAUGGGGUGUCGUGAUGGCGACAAAUAUUUUCAAUCAUCAACACCUAAUAUCAAUGUGCUAAUAGGUGCAAUUGUUGGAGGACCGGCAAAUGAUGAUUCUUUUCAAGACUCACGCUAUAAUGUUUCUCAAUCGGAGCCAACUACAUAUAUCAAUGCUCCUUUUGUUGGUGUUUUAGCUUACUUCAAAAAAUAUUAG